CCCUGGGCUAGAGUGCCAUAAACCUUGGGGUGGUGCGCUACAUAUGAGGUAACGAAUAGCAAUUCCUUCUCACGGUCCUUUCCUGCCGACUUCAGUGCUUGAAGUCGGUCGCCGUCCCCAACGGAUUUACCCUCGAAUAUGGCCAACACGUUAGAGCAAGACGAGCAGGAUCUGCUCCAGUCUGCCCUCGCGGAGUCUACCGCGUUCUCGUCCGUCCCGCUGCCGCACCAAUCGACCGUCUCGUCCGACCCAGCGCCGUCCGAAGAGCCGACGACGGUUGCGCAGCCCGAGACCCAGGCAGCGACGACGCAGGCGACAGAUGCCGACGCGCGUGCAGCGUGGCAAGCGCAGUACGAGGCCGAGCUCGCAAUCUUCCGCGCGCAGUCGGCGGAGCAACGCGCGAGGGCUGAGCAGGAGCGCGCCAAGUGGGAGAAGAUACGAGAGGAGGAGGAGAAGAACGGCGCCGCGCCGAAGGAGUGGGAGGACGUCGGCGCGAGCGGCACGGCGAGCACGAGCAGCGCGACGGUGUCCGCGUCGCCAAGCCCCGCGGACGCGCGCAACCUUGUCGCAGGCGAGCAGCCAGGACACUCCCAUGCACACGCGCACGAGCACGAACGGGAGGAGAGCGGGACGGACUCGGGCUCGGGCUCGGGCUCGGGCACGGGUUCGCAUCCGGAGAAAUGGGAGAUACCGUCGUCCAUGAGCGCUUCUUUCCCGUCCUCGUUCGACAUCGACACCCCGCCGUCGCAUGACCAUCAACAUCACCACCACCCACACGACCACCCUCACCACCACGGGAAUGUCCCCGUCCCGCUCCCUCCUCCCCUAGGUGCCGCCGUGCAUGCGCCUGCCCCAGGCCCGUCCGCCUCCAAUCCCGCGCCAGAACCCAUCUCCGCUACUCUGUCCGUUUUCAACGCAUCGUUACCGCUCAAGGUCCGCGCGCUCGCGCUCGCGUCGAGCCUCGCGAUUAACUUCUUGCUGCCCUUCGUGAACGGGGUGAUGCUCGGCUUCGGCGAGAUCUUCGCGAAGGAGGUCGUCGCGGGGUGGAUAGGGUGGAAGCCCGCCAAGCGGAGUGCGCCGACAGCGGUCGGGAUCGGCGUGCGGGGCAUAGGGGAACAGAGGACGGCGAGAGAGCCGUUCAGGAAGUGA